ACAAGUGCGCGUUUGACCAGCCAUGGGUCGUCGAAGAGGGUGUUUACUUGCAGCAAGUGUUCUUUAAAGCUUAUUAAUGAAAUAUUAAAGUUAUUUCAUGAUGGGAGAGGACGGGGUAUUACAAAAGCUGGGUAAUAUGAAGGCUUUGUUGGGCAUCGUAGCAGGAGCAGGAGCUUCGUAUGGACUCUACAAAAUGUUGCUGCGCGCCUGCAGAGAAGAUACAGAGGGAAAGAAAAUAAAGGAGAGAGAAAGUGGGAAUAUACAACCAGGAAGUCUGAUGGCCAAAGUGUCUGGAUUUAAUGUUGUUAGUGGAACUCUGAGAACAGAAGUUGCGUCAAGUGAAAUUCUCUCCAAAUCCCCCAGCAGUCUGGAGCCUCGACACCUCAGCAUGCUUCUAUCUCUCCUACAGAGCUGCCCGAACCCAGCGGAGAGAAAACAAGUCCUUAUAACUUUAGGAAACGCUGCAGCUUUUACAGUGAACCAGGAUCUCCUUCGUGAAUUUAGAGGUCUUCAUAUCAUUGCCAGCUUCCUUUCUGACCCUGAACCUGACGUCAGAGUGCAGACACUGAAUACCUUGAAUAACCUGAGCAUGAACAUCCGUAACCAAGAGCAGCUGCAGAUCUAUGUUCCUUCAGUGUUGGAGCUGAUUGAGAUGUCCCCUGUGAACUCGGAUCUUCAAAUGGCAGCACUGAGGUUACUGACAAAUUUGACCAUCACAGAUAAUCAUCAGCAUUUACUGAAGAACUCUAUCAUGCUGCUCUUGUCACUACUUGUAGUGAGCAACAGUGGUCUUCAGAUCCAGGUUUUAAAGGUUCUAGUCAAUUUAUCAUCUAAUCCAGACAUAAUGGACGACAUAGUACAAGCCCAGGCUCCUGCUUCCCUGGUGCUCCUCUUUGAUUGCUGCACAAGCACAGAAGUGCUUCUUCGCCUUCUGGUCUUCAUAGGGAACCUGCGGGCUUGGAGACCAUCUGCACAGGUGGCCGAAGCUCUGAGGAGGCGACCGGACACCCUCUACUGUGUGCUGCUAGACAGCUGCUCUCAGAUACACAGCAGACUCCCUCUGCUCCUCUCCCACCCUGACGGAGAGGUCAGAGCUCAGGUGGUGCGGCUCCUCGCUUAAACUCUCCUCUGGACUCCACCUUGAGCUCCAUCAGACAUAAGGUCCAGUCCCGCCUGGCCAGUGGACUUAAAAAUACAGCUUACAUGUGUAAAAAUACGUGUGUUCAGUGGGAUUGCUUCUCCUGAUUCAGUCUUUGUUGAACACAAAUAUUUGGUGAAGUAAUGAACAACUAAUAAUGGGUCUAUAUGAAAUUAAAGGAAUUCUGCAGCGUUUUCAAACUAAACUCUGCAUAAGGGUUCCUCAAUGUUUACUUGGGUUGUUAUCAGUUCUAGCUUUUUAAAGGGGUUCUGAGUUUCCCUGAACACUUUGCUGUAGAGUUGUAAAGAAAGUACUGGGUUCUUGCACAGCGACAAACCAAAGAACCUCUGUAACCUUUUUCUGUGAUUACCACAUAAAAUUGACACAUUUGCUAAUUGAGAAAAGAACACAAGAUCUGUUUACCCAAACACACUUACAACUAAAACCUAAGAGCAGUUGUUGAAUUCUGUCAAUAAACAUUUAAAACAUAUGGGUAUAUAAUGCAGACUCAAAACUACAACCAUUAUAUUAAAAGGAAUAUGUCUUGGGAUGAGAGAGACAUGAAAGAAAGCUGUUAUAAAAUUUUGCGUAACCACAAACUCUUCUCUCUAAAAAAUUGUUCUGUGGGAAUUAAUUGAUUGCUUGAUUGAUUGUUUAACUUUAUUUCCAAAUAUCAUUGAAUGAAAAGCAUUUUACAAAAAUGCAUACUCGGUAUAAACGUUUAUCCACUGCCCCAACUACUAAUUAUACUGGAAAAACUCUGCAGUGUUCUGUUAAAAUGCAUUUACUGUUGGUUAGAAGAAACAUUUAUCUACAUCUGAAAGUGAAGCCACUCUUUUUGUCCUCAAUUUUCACUCCUUUGUGCUUAUGUCCCUCCUGGAAGGCAGCAAGGGAAAUGUACAAGUAAAAGGAAAAGCAAUGAAAGUAAACAGAUUUAUAUACAUACAGGUGAUACAUUAAUGGGGGGAAAAAACACUGCCUCUGUUAUGCUGUAGAGGGCAUUUAGAGUGGGGUGUCACUGCAAAUCAGUACAAUGUUCUUCUGUUUUCCUCUGUUGGGAUUCCAUUUUGGAAGAAUUGUGUUCAUCCAUUCAACACCUCCAGAGACUUGGAGUCUAUGCCAAGGUGCAUUAAAGCAGUUCUGGUGACUCAUGUUUCCUUUAAUUUGUCACCUGUCUGUAAAUAUAAUGUUACUGCCUCAGGCUAGUUUCAGUGGAUAGUGUGUGCUCAGUGAUUGCCUCCUGAGAGGUACCCCUCCUUUGCCACAUAUCAAGUUGCAAGUGCCAAAAACUCUAACCAAUGAAUGAGUGUUUCACUCUAGCUGGUCUCCUACACACAAAGUGCUUCCUGUAGCUUUCUUUUUCUUAGCUAAUCAUAUAUUGCAAAAGUAAUAUAUGCUUGAAAGGUCUUUGUGAUGGACAACAGAUGCACUUUGAAUGUUUAAUUUCUCCAGUGCUGUGUAUUUUUCUGCAUGUGUUGAGUGCAGUGCAAGUGUUUGCCUGCUUAUGUAUUAUAUAACUCUGUAUUAUGCUAGGUGUGUAAUUGAAAGACCUGUUUGGGUAAUUUAUAUUACUGUAACUGGAAAAGCCAGUAAUGUGAAUACGUUUAUGAAUUGUACCAUAGUUGUGUGAAUUUUAGUGGAUGGGUUGUCAUGUGGUCUGCUACAGUUGUCAUUUGGUCUGCUACAGUUGCAUUUUUCAGAGUAGCAUAACAUGACUGCCACUGCUCUUAAUGAUUGCUCAAUUGAGGCACAUUUUAAUGUUUGUAUGAAAAACUUUGAAAUAAAUUAUUUUAUUUUGGAUAACUAUAAUUUAUGACUGUUUAUUUGACUCCUCAUACAAGUAGUAGUUAAUAAUAUAAUAAUGCAUAUGUGCAUGUGUCUGUAAAUGUAAUAACUGGAUAGCAUCUAGCACAUCUAGCUUUGUACCUACAUUCCUUGGACCUUUUAACAGCUACUUCACAUUACUGUCCUUGCAGAGUUUUGGUGUCCUCUCUGUAUCCGUGUGGGUUUCCUCCAGGUUCUCUGGGUUUCCUCCCACCUUCCAAAAUCAUGCUGGUGGGUUGGCUUCUCAAAAAAGCGCUCCUAGGGGGGAAUGUGUGUGCAUGAUGCUCUGCUAUUAACUGGCAUCCCAUCUUUGGUGUAUUGAGCCCAUUGGUCCUGGAAAAGGUUCCAGAUCCACUGUCACCUUGAGAAGGAUAAAGUGGUUACUAAAAAUGAACAAAUGAAUGAAUGUAAGUAAACAAUUACUGACUAUACCCUAUUAGUUGAAGUAUGGUUCAGGACUAGGCUUA